ACUUUUUAUAUGACAGUUUGCCUGGAAGUCCUCUCGGAACAACCACCUUGAUGAAAACUUUUAUAUCCAGAAAAGAAUGAAAUGAAAAACCUCAUCUGAUUCGCUCCCUGGCUCUGUAGUGUAACUAUGGGGAUGGAGCAUUAUAGCUUCUAUCUCAACUUCUUGUUGGGCUUUAUUGUUUUCGUCAUAUCCCUCUCUCUCUUAGCAUUGGUGCUCUUGUACAGGCACAGAUCGCAGUUCAAGGGAAACAACCUACCCCCGGGCAACGUGGGGUACCCUUUGAUCGGAGAGAGCUACGAUUUCGUGUCCGCGGGAUGGAAAGGUCACCCGGAGAAGUUCUUCUUCGACCGCAUCGCUAACUACUCUUCUCAAAUAUUUAAGACAUCCCUCUUUGGGAAGCAAGCUGCCUUCUUCUACGGCGCGGCUGGCAACAAGUUCUUGUUCUCCAACGAGAACAGGCUCGUCAAUGUUUGGUGGCCCGAUCACGUCAACAAGAUUUUCCCAACUUCCGCGGACGUUUCUGCAACGGCGGAGGCCAAAAAGUUGAAAAAGCUGAUUCACAAUUUCAUGAAGCCUGAGGCUUUGAAACGGUACAUCGGCAUCAUGGACGCUAUUACCCAGAAGCACUUUGCAAACAGUUGGGAAAACAAACAGCAAGUUCAUGUAUUCCCCCUAGCCAAGAACUACACCUUGGCGAUCGCUGCACGUUUGUUUCUUAGCCUCGAGGACCAAAAGGACAUAGACAAACUAGGCCACUCUUUGUAUCUGGCUAACGCCGGAGUCAUAUCGAUGCCUAUUGACUUUCCUGGGACCCCGCUUCGCAAAGCCAUCAAGGCCUCCAAACUCAUCAAUGGGAUGUUGACGGAGAUAAUAAAGCAGAGGAAGGCUGAUUUGGCUGAUGGCAAGGCUUCUCCGACACAAGACAUUUUGUCACACAUGCUCAUGACAUGCGAUAAGGAUGGAACCUAUAUGAAGGAAUUGGAUAUCAGUACUAAUAUUAUGGGGCUGUUAAUUGGUGGUUAUGAAGCUACUGGUGCUGUUUGCAUCCUCAUUGUCAAGUUUCUUGCUGAACUCCCUCACAUCUACGAUGCAGUCUACAAGGAGCAAAUGGAGAUUGCAAAUUCGAAAGCCCCUGGAGAGUUGUUACACUGGGAUGACAUUCAGAAAAUGAAGUACUCGUGGAAUGUAGCUCAAGAAGUGAUGAGAUUGACACCACCAAUUCAAGGAUCCUUCAGGGAAGCCGCAACUGACUUUGUCUUCAAUGGAUACACAAUUCCAAAGGGUUGGAUAUUAUAUUGGAGUUCUAUCACAACGCACAAGAGUGUAGAUUAUUUCCAGGAACCCGAUAAAUUUGAUCCGUCGAGGUUUGAAGGAACCGGGCCAGCACCAUGCACUUAUGUUCCAUUUGGAGGAGGGCCAAUGAUGUGCCCCGGCAAAGAGUAUGCCCGGAUGGAAAUACUUGUGUUCAUGCACAACCUGGUCAAGAGGUUCAAAUGUGAGAGACUUCUUCCCCAAGAGAAAAUUGUAAUGGACCCAUUGGCCAUGCCUGCCAAAGGACUUCCAAUCCGCCUUUUCCCUCACAAUCACAUUAAUUGAAACCACCAUAACCAUCAAUUUGUUUGAUUACACUGAGAUAUUAAUUUCAAUAAUUUGUGGUUUU